CCGCUGGGUGGCGACAGCAGCAGUAACAGCAGCGCCAGCGGCGUCACUCUGACAGUGACACCACAAACUCAGCGUCGUUCCGCGUUACAGACAAUAUUAGUUCAGCUCACGCAGAACAAGUGUGCUGUCAGAUAUGGUUUGUAUUCCCUGCAUCGUUAUUCCUGUGCUGCUGUGGGUUUAUAAGCGCUUCCUGGAGCCCAUCAUCUAUCCGUUCAUCUCUCCCUUCAUCAGCCGCUUCUGGAGUAAAGCAGCUGUGCAGGAGACACAGAAACACGAGAACACUGCUGAAUGUAAUGGAACGGCAAACGGAUCCACAGCAAACAGGCCGAAGACGGUGGCCGAUAAAAAAGCCGACUGACCGAUCUCACAUCUCUGCAAUCAACUGAUUGAUAUUUUAAAAUGUAGAUAUUUUAAAAUGUAAACUAAUAUAUGGACACACACUCUGAUCCUGUCUCAUUGCUUACAUGAAAUACUUUAAUAUGUUUAAUAAAAAUGAAGGUAGUAAUCUGUAGAUUAAUUUUUAUCAUUCCAUGAUCAUUUACUUAUGUUUACCUUCCACUCAGAGCAGAUUUUCUGUGUAUAAUUUAUGAUGCUUCAUUUAAAAUAAAUGCUGAAUUAUUUUA